AUGUCGCCGGCUAUCUGUUUCACCCCAGAUUCUUUCGUUUCCCACGCUGUUUUGCGCGCAACUGGCUGGCGAGGCUUAUUCUUAACCGCAACCAUUCAGUCAAACAGUAUAAACAACAUAAUCCCUACUCAACCUUUCUUUUCAGCUCUUCCUCCCCAGGACGAACUGAACUUUGAAGAAGCUUUCCCCAGCUCUCGCGCAAGUUCUCGCCUCACCGCAACCAUUCCCCAACAAGACGUUCCAGUCUUCACCACGGAUUCCAAUCAGUCAUCAUGGCUUCCCUCCAGUUCCUCGAGCCCGCCGGCACCAUCCGCGCAACACAACUUCCAGAGCCCGCCACAACAGGACUUCGUCUUGUUCGACUCUCCCCAGCCCACGAGAACAACCGUUAAUCGCACUGCCUCUUCGCCUGCUACCACAGCAGCAGCUUUUGGAUCUCUAAACCACACCAAGACAAGUUCCACUCGUGAUUCGAGCACGUCUGCUCUUCAGAAUCAACGCAUACAACAGAUCAUCCAAGCACAAGCAACUGGGCAUCAGAUUUCUCCUUCGGCUUCAACCAACCGGUUUAACUCUAUUGCGCAAAACCAAAAUCAACAACAGCAACAGUUUUUCGCACACUUAUCUCCUCCCUCCGCCGCUGCAGUGAACCAGCACACACGUGGUGCUCGUCCACCCGUCCCCCUUUUCUCACAGGGCAUUGGUAAUCAGCGGACGCAAGCCACGAUGGAUCUUCAAGGUAAUUUUGCUCCUCUUCCUAGCGAUUGCGACCCAAGCUCACUCGUCCCAGACGCGCUCAGUAGUCUUGAAGGCUUCACGGCUUUCGGAGGGGGUGCUUCGGUGCCCACCGCUUUGUCUUCCCCAGCUAUCACCGGCUGCGACCUGGACAUGAGCUCUGCUUCAAGUUCACACUUGGGCACAGUCUCACCAAACGAACUGCUUAUGCGCGAUCCGUUUUCAGCCCCGAAUUCCACUGCUUUCACUAAUUUGACCACUCCUUCCAACUUCGGCGAAUCCCCCGGGUUUGAAAGCUACGAGGUUUCGCCUGGCUUCGGUGACUUAGACACUUCCCCCACUGAUGACUGGUACUCUCUCUUCCCCGAGAGCGCAACCACUACUCAGCCCACAGUGCCGACCAAGUCACCGAUAGAGGCGCCAGUAGAGCUCGAGAUUGCUGAUACCGACUCUCUUCCUCGCCGCAAAUCGGCUAACUCCUCGCCAUCGUCCACUAAUCACGCCCGACAUUCCUCUGUCUCUGGCGUGAAUGCUCGACGGCGGGACAGGCCUCUUCCUCCAAUUGUUGUCGAUGACCCUAGCGAUACUGUCGCGAUGAAACGGGCGCGGAAUACUCUAGCCGCCCGUAAAUCGCGAGAGCGCAAGGCGCAGAAAUUGGAGGAGCUCGAGGAGCAAAUCGCCGAGUUGAAAAAGGAGCGUGAUCAUUGGAAAAAUAUAGCUUUGGGUCGACCUAGCGUUCCACGGAGUUAAAAUCGUUCUGGUACUUUCUUCACGGAUGUUGUGUUGUACAUCAGGAACUGGAGGGACAGGCUACCUUAGGCCCUGUCGCCUCAAUUCGUUUCUCGGGA